AUGACUUCAUCUGAAUAUACUAUCCUUCAAUUACCUGGCGCCCCCGGAAAGGUGCAGGUGACGGUGACUGGGCCGAGGAAGGUCUUGGUGACGUGGGUUCCGCCUCAGCCUCCGACGGGGAAUAUCCUUCACUAUACGUUAUACUCUGUCAAGGAUGACCAGGUGCGGGAUCGGGACGUCGUGGGCGCAGCUGGCUCGGAGUCCACGUGGAGGGAGCUCAGGGACCUCGCUCCUUCCUCCAGAAUCGAGGUGUGGGUGACGGCCACCACGGCCGCCGGCGAAGGCAACCCGUCACCUCGACUCACAGCUCUGCUCAAGCCCACGGCGACACACGCGCCCGUAGCCCUGGGCGGCGGACGGACCUGGCGUGUGGGCGCAGGGGCGGGCGUCACCCUCGGCUGCCGUGGGCGUGGAAAGCCCGCGCCCUCCAUCGUGUGGUCGCGAGGAGGACAGACCAUCACCUCCGGCCAGUUCACGCAACUGCUGCCCGGCGGGGACCUGCACCUGACGGGUGUGCGGGAGACGGCCAACUACACCUGCAAAGUGAGCAACACGAUGGGCGUGGACAGCCUCACGCAUCACGUGAUCGUCGUCACGAUGCCCCCGCCGCCCACUCUGUCCCUCGCUUAUGCCACCCACGAUGCCCUGAACCUGACGAUCGUGCCCACGGGAGACGGUGGGGCGCCCAUCUUAGGUUACACAGUGCACCACCGUGGGCGCGCGGGCGAGUGGGUGGAAACGGAGGUGGACCCCGGGGUGGAGAGCGCGGCUGUGCGCGGCCUUCCCUGUGGGGCGCCGCACCACCUGUACCUGACGGCUUGGAACAGCCACGGCACCAGCCCCCCCAGCCCCGUGCUGGAGGUCAGCACGCACGGCGCUCCUCCCGGACGGCCGAACCCGGCGAAGAUCGUGGAGGUGAAUGCAACCUGCGUCACACUCCGUCUCUACGCCUGGCCCGAGUCCGGCUGCCCCGUCACGCACUGGAAGGUGGAGCAAGGGAGCGAAGACCCCGCCGUUUUGUGGACGCCCUUACACGCCCACGUGACCAGAGACAUGACUGACCUUGGCUUGUGUGACCUGACCUCUGCGUCGAGGCAUCUCCUUCGCCUCACGGCCUCUUCCACUGCCGGAGACACGACGGUGGUUUACCGCGUCACGACGAGAGAUCACACAGGAGGAUCCAUCGCGGCGGAGUCGGUGCAGGAGGUGCAAGUGAGUGGGCCUCCGGGCGUGGGCGGCUGGCUCGACGCCCACGUGGUCGCAGGGGUAGUGAGCGCCCUCCUGUUGGCCGCCGCCCUCAUCAUCUGCGUCUGCGUCGCCGUCAGGAGAAGGAGGUAUGGAGGUUACAGAAAUGACAUGUGGACGUCAGCAGCCAUUUCCCUCGGGUCUGAGACUCACCUUUCCUCGCCUCGUGCACAGAUUCCAGCUGGCAAUCCCCCUCUUUGUUUGCCCUCCCAUCAGAGUAUGCGUCUCCGAAGCAGGCAGGGCGAGAGUCUAGACAACAAGGGCGGCGGCGAGGACGACAACGCCCGUAACUCGGAGCUCACCCGCGCCCACCUCUACUCCCCGACGCCCACCAAGAAGCCGCGGGGCUCCUUGGCAUCCCUCAAGACGCAGGACGACGCCUCCGACCCGUACGAGAUCUGCCCCUACGCCACCUUCAGUGACCGCCACCCGCACGAGGCCCCAGGUUACGCCCACCCACCCAGACAGCGGGCGCAGUCACACUACAAGGAGACAGAGCUCGCCUACAUCAGCAACAGGAGCCGCGGGGAGUACAUAACCCGCCCGAAGUCCAUUCCCGGCAGCCAACCCACCCCUGCGCCUACACCUGCGCCUACGCCCACGCCCAUCCCCAACACUGGCGCCACAGAGACGAGGGCGUGGGCUGAGGACCCCAGAAAGGACACGCGCAGUCGCCCGCAUCGCUCCAGGAGUCGCAACAGAGAAGAACCAGUAUCACCAAGUGUGCCCAGAGACCGCUGCGUUGCUCUUGAUGCCCGUAGCAGCUGCAUACCCGCGGUGCCAGUGUGGCCCGGCUCUGAACAGUGA